AGAAUCCUAAUUUUCAGACGCCAGGUAGUGGAGAUAGAGGCAACAUCCUUGAAGGACAAGACAUACCCUUGGAAAUUGAAAAGAACACUAAUCUUAUUGUAGUUCGGCAAGAGACUGAAAAGGAACCUGGGUUAUUGCCUUCACGUGGCUCCAUGAGUGAACCAGAAGCUGAAACAAAGCCAAAGCUAGGUGCUUUAGGUGUUGGCUUUUCACCUGCCCAUGAGCCCCCAAAAGUUAGAGAGUUGCUGCCAACACCGGACUUUGAGGCCACGCCUCCCAGACCUCCAAAGCCUACCAAAAAAACUAAACAGGGCACAAAAUAUAAUGAACGUUCUUCUAGCAAUUCCCAAGAGAUCGAGGAAGACUAUGAAAUCGACCUAAAAAGACUUGAAGUCCGAGAUGAAGUGCUUGGAGAAGGGGAAUUUGGAAUUGUUUAUAAAGGACGCUAUCAUUGUAAGGAUACGAAAGUCAUUGAUGUAGCAGUGAAACAGUUGAAAGACACGGCUAAUAAGACUGAGAAAGUUGCCCUUCUCAGUGAAAUACAGAUUUUGAAGCGGGCUGGACGGCAUCCUAAUAUAGUCAACUUGGUUGGCGCAUGUACUCAGGGUGAAAAUAUUCUUCUGGUCACUGAUUUGAUUCCCGGAGGAACCCUUGAAAGUUUGUUGACUUCCAAGCCUGCCCCUGGUGAGCACGGCAAGUACGAGAAUAUCAAAUGUGCGCUGAAUGAUCGGGACCUGAUAAAAAUUGCUCUGCAGAUCGCCUCAGGAAUGCAACACUUGGAAAGCAAGAAGGUGCGUGAUACAUCGUGUACAGUGUACUUGUACUAUGAAAAUAUAGUUCCGAAGUGUCUUGUUCUGGCUCUACAAGAAAACAUAGCCAAGUUUUGAUGCGUCAAAUGCCAAGAAAGGAAAUGCAUUUCAUCUUCUCCGAUUUGCAACAAAUUGUCAAUAAAUGUCUAAGUGUAUGUAAAUAUAGUUUC